AUGUACAGUAACGAGCGAACCGUUACGAUUGGUGAUCGCGUCACCUUGAUUCUGCUCUUAAAGGGUUUAUGUGAGCUCUUCGAGGAUGACGAUACCUCUCAGCACACUUUCGGAGGAGAAGGGAACGUCGUCAAAAGAAGCGCUCAGAUUCCAGCAUACUGUGAAGCAAUCCUUGGCAAAAUAAGGAUGGACGGAUCUUCUACAGGCUCAGAACGUGUAUUGCAAACAUCGACGACGAGUUUGGCAGGCACGGAUUCGCAGACAAUUUCUGCAACUGAUCUGAUGGGCUGGGUCUUUUACAAAACGACGAAAAUGUGCUAUAAGAAAUUCAACGUCGAUUUAACUUCUGAUGAGGCAGAGAAGAAAUGCAAUGGCUAUGAUGGACACUUAGCAUCCAUUCAUUCUAUGGAACAGAAUCAAUUUCUUUUAGGCAAAUCAAAAAAAGUGUUCAUUCCAGAACUCAACCCAGAAAACGAUUCAGUCUGGAUAGGAUUAAAAUUGGAGGGAUCAUGUGACCCUUCUUCUCGUCAGGAACAUUGGUUGGAUGGUUCGGACGUCGAUUUCCAUAACUGGAAAGAAUGGGAACCGAAUAAUCUAAAUUGUGAGGAAUACUCCGUAUAUAUGGAUCAAACAGGAGGAUGGUACGACUUUCCGGAUAACGAAAGUAAUCCCUUCAUUUGCGAAACUGACGACAAUUCCUACUGCUCCAUCCACGCGACUUGA